CGACCAUCACUGGAGCUCAAGCACCGAAACAUCCCCCCACCUCACCUUGUCAAUGAGCUCAAAAUCUUCGACUGAAUCCUGGGCACUUACCCGCCUUGAAUCCCUUCUUCCUCUGCCGGAAGACUCUCUGAGGGAUGUGAUUACUUACGCCCUCUCGCUCACCGAUCCGAGUGGAGUUAGCUCCCACUUUGAAGGCCUGCUCGGCAGCACCGAGGAAGUUCUAGACUUCAUUUCAGACUUCAAUUCCAGACUAUUCCCACAAAGAGCUACGCGAGAAUCUACAACUUUACAGUCAUCCUCGUCUACCUCGUCCCUGAAUGCUCCACCUGCAAAGAGACGCGGAAAGAAGGGUAAACUUCCAAUAAACCGGUAUGCGAACCGGCCACGGCAGGUGGAAGGACAGUUUGGUAACCCGGCAGCGGUGUACAUGAAGAAGGACGUUGAGGAUGAGUACUAUACGGGUGGCAGCAAAGGGCCUACGUCGAAGCCGGUGGAUUCACCGUCGCCUUCAUCUUCGGUACCCGUGUCUAGGACUGCUACGCCGGCACCUAGGAGCGCUAGUCCGCAGAGAGCGCAACAGAAGGCUCAACAGAGCAGCAACAGUAAUAUCGGCGGGAAACUAGUCUCAGACUUAUUAAACGUCAAAACAAAAGUCAAAAAGGCCCCGCAAAAGGUGCACGUAACAGGCGGUGUUGCCAUGCGAGGAGCAUCCGCCGAACUCACAGACCUAGAAUCCGCCCUGCGAGCGCUCGAACUCUCCACGAAUCCAACAUUAACCUCAAAGUCGCAAAAGUGCAAUUGUGCGGGAAUGAAACACGAGGUCCUCUCUGCUGCGCCAAACUGCCUCUCCUGUGGGAAGAUAAUCUGCAUCAAGGAGGGUCUUGCGCCCUGUUCCUUCUGCAACACACCAUUGAUACCCCCGGAGGAGUUACAAUCCAUGGUCCGUGAACUCCGUGAGGAAAGCGGCCGGGAAAGAAUGGCGAUAAACAACGCGACGCAAAAACGCCCGGAAGUGGUGCACGCGCCAAAACCGUUCUCGAGCUACGAUAGCACGCCUAAAACCAAUGAUGAAGGCCUUAAGAAGGCCACAGAGCACAGAGAUCGUCUCUUGGGAUUUCAAGCGACCAGCGCUCAGAGGACAAAGAUUAUCGAUCAGGCAGCAGACUUCGAAACACCUGCCAUGGGCAGCAGCAUGUGGGCCACACCACAAGAGCGCGCGCUACAAUUAAAAAAGCAGCAAAAGGCUAUGCGCGAGAUGGAGUGGAGGGCGAAAGAAGACUAUGAAAAACGCCAAGUCGUCGUUGCGAUAGACCUAAAGGGACGCCAGGCCGUGCGAAAGAUGCAGGAGAUUGAACGACCGAGAGAAGAUAGUGACGAUGGGGAUAUAGAAGAAGCCUACGACGACACAUUAGAAAGAGGUGGCACCGCCGCCGCUACCGAUAGUUCGACGUCAAAAGGUGGGGCCUACUCCCGCAACCCGCUCCUAAAAGGCAUGAUCAAGCCAGUGUACGAUAGCGGCAAGGGCAAGGGCAAGGGUAAGCAGGGGGAUGAGAUAGUAGACGCCAGGCCAGGGGCGUACGCUGGUGGCUCGCGCGGCUGGCGGAGGGUUCAGGAUGAUUUCGCGGAUAAUGAGGGGGUGACACUCGAUGGGGGGGUUGGAAGGGAGGAGAGGGGGACGCAGGGGGAGGAACCGGCUUGUGGGUAG